CAAAAGCCUUAUAAGUCUAUCCUAAAGAAUUUAAGAGAAUAUGAAACUCAAUACGCUUCCAAAGUCUACAGUGGUAAAAAAUCAACUUCUGAAAAUCUUAAAUAUUUUAUGAGAAUUACAUUAAGGCAAGAAUCAGACUGCCUUGAUGCAGGUAAUAAUUAUGCUAUAAGCAAUACAGAAUCAGAGAACUCUAGCCCUGAAGAUGACUGUAACCUAAAGCCAGAAUCAGAGUCUGCAGAAAAUAAUGAAAUAUAA